GCGGCGCCCCGCGCUCCCUCCGCCCUCCGGCAUGUCGGGGACCCGAGCCUCCAACGACCGGCCCCCCGGCGCGGGCGGCGUGAAGCGCGGGCGGCUGCAGCAGGAGGCGGCGGCCAGCGGCUCCCGCGUGACCGUGGUGCUGGGCGCGCAGUGGGGGGACGAGGGCAAAGGCAAGGUGGUGGACCUGCUGGCCACGGACGCCGACGUCGUCAGCCGCUGCCAGGGUGGCAACAAUGCUGGCCACACGGUGGUGGUGGAUGGCAGGGAGUAUGACUUCCACCUGCUUCCCAGUGGCAUCAUCAACAGCAAGGCCGUGUCCUUCAUCGGCAACGGCGUGGUCAUCCACCUGCCUGGCUUGUUUGAAGAGGCGGAGAAGAAUGAGAAGAAAGGUCUGAAGGACUGGGAGAAGCGGCUCAUCAUCUCUGACCGGGCCCACCUGGUGUUUGACUUCCACCAGGCAGUGGACGGGCUGCAGGAGGUUCAGCGCCAAGCUCAGGAGGGGAAGAACAUCGGCACCACGAAGAAGGGAAUCGGACCCACGUACUCCUCCAAGGCCGCCCGGACCGGUCUCCGCAUCUGUGACCUGCUGUCGGAUUUCGAUGAGUUUUCCACCAGAUUCAAGAACCUGGCCCUCCAGCACCAGUCCAUGUUCCCCACCCUGGAGAUAGAUGUUGAAGGUCAACUGAAAAGGCUCAAGGGCUUUGCUGAGCGGAUCCGACCCAUGGUGCGAGACGGCGUCUACUUCAUGUAUGAGGCCCUCCAUGGGCCCCCCAAGAAGAUCCUGGUGGAAGGCGCCAACGCAGCCCUUCUUGACAUCGACUUCGGGACCUACCCCUUCGUGACCUCCUCCAACUGCACGGUGGGCGGCGUGUGCACGGGCCUAGGCAUUCCCCCCCAGAACAUCGGCGAUGUGUACGGCGUGGUGAAAGCCUACACCACCCGCGUGGGCAUCGGGGCCUUCCCCACCGAGCAGAUCAAUGAAAUUGGAGAACUGUUACAGAACCGUGGCCAUGAGUGGGGAGUGACCACAGGCAGGAAGAGGCGCUGCGGCUGGCUGGACCUGAUGAUCCUGAGAUACGCCCAUAUGGUCAAUGGAUUCACUGCGCUAGCACUGACCAAGCUGGACAUCCUGGAUGUCCUGGGUGAGAUCAAGGUUGGCAUCUCAUACAAGCUCAACGGGAAGAGGAUCCCCUACUUCCCAGCUAACCAGGAGAUACUGCAGAAGGUGGAGGUGGAGUAUGAAACGCUGCCCGGCUGGAAAGCUGACACCACGAGCGCCAGGAAGUGGGAGGAUCUGCCUCCCCAGGCCCAGAGCUACGUGCGGUUUGUGGAGAACCAUGUGGGUGUGGCAGUCAAAUGGGUUGGUGUCGGCAAGUCCCGAGAGUCCAUGAUCCAGCUGUUUUAGACCCAACAGAGCUGAGACCGGUCAGACAGACGGACGGCAGACUCCUCCCCAGCCAGCAGCAGCUGUGUGUUCCCUGCCCACACACCAGCACCAUAAGCAAAACAUAGGAAAACUAUUUUCUGAACUUUUAUUUUUCUAUGUACGCCUUCAGCUGAACCCACUGAAUUCUAUGAUCUUAAACAUCUGAAAGCCAGCACUGUCUACAUUUUUAAAAACAUUUGUGCUAUCUAAAAUGAGCCUAAGUGCUUGAAAGAGUCGACACGCAAGUGGCGUAUCUCCUGUGACAACAGACGGUCACAUGGCACGUGGCCUGCGACCAUAGAUGGUCCCGUGAUGCACGCACAUGCCCAGUGAUAACGGACAAUCAUGUGGCACGUGGCCUGUGAUAACAUAUGGAUCACGUGACACACGUGUCCAGUGAUAACAGUCACAUGAUAUGUGACCAGUGAUAACCGAUGGGCGUGUCAAGUAUGUCCAGUUGGGGCCAUGUUGUAAUAAACAUACCCAGAAGCCACUGAGUGAGAA